AUGGUCAAUCAGCAAGGGAAAGCAUCACAGACCGGUCUGUUUUAUUGACGCUGUCUUUCCAUGGCUCAUUGGACAGAAAAAGAAAGUUCCCCCUCAGCCCUCUUUCUGAUUGGCGCUUUUCUUUUGACUCCUAUUGGUCACACCAUGCGGGACAAAAGUGGCGGAACUGGUCGUUUCCAAGGCAACCGGAGGAGGACGGAAACGGCGCCCUGUAACGGCUUUUAUGAGGGAAGUUGUGGCCUUGCUCCCCUCGUUUGAUCUGCGGAGCAAGCCGGCGGCGCUGCCUGGAGGGCGGGUAUGAGCUUGCAUUGGUGACAAAGCAGCAAUGGAGACUUUAGAAGAAGAAAACUUUGGUGUAUCCAUUUCUUCCCCUUCAGAUGCAGAAUUUGAUGCUGUUGUUGGGUAUUUGGAAGACAUUAUAAUGGACCAGGACUUUCAGCUCAUACAAAGAAACUUUAUGGAUAAGUACUAUCAAGAGUUUGAUGAUACGGAGGAAAAUAAGCUUAUCUACACUCCUAUUUUUAAUGAAUAUAUCUGUUUAGUUGAGAAAUAUAUUGAAGAGAAACUCUUGGACAGAAUUCCUGGCUUCAGCAUGUCAGCUUUCACCUUGUCACUGCAGCAACACAAGGAUGAAAUAGCAGGAGACAUUUUUGACAUGCUUCUUACAUUUACUGACUUUCUGGCAUUUAAAGAAAUGUUCCUGGAUUACAGAGCUGAAAAAGAAGGCCGGGGUCUCGACUUGAGUGGUGGAUUUGUGGUGACACCUUUGAGCAAAUCUUCUGUAUCUCCUUCACAGAACAGCCUGCGCCACUAGCUGUAACCUCCAGGAAAGACUGAUUUAGCUUGGGACUGUGGGACCACAGAAGGCAGCAACUGAGACAAAAACAUUGCCCCAAGUUGUUGAAGCACCUUCCAUCUUGGCAGGCCUGGUUUUCUCAGCCACUUGUUUGUAUGGAUGUUUGUUUCUGCAUGAUCAGGAACUAGAAUAACUCUGUCCUGGUUAGAACAAUAGUCUUGUAGCUCUCAGAUUUGCUCUGUAUAAACCAAAUUGGAUUUUUACCGAUGAUCUGCUGGAAGGUAGCUGGCUUUCAUCAGGUGCUUCUCCAUCAUGGGCCAAGAGGAACAGAAAGGGCAUCCUGAACCUGUUGUGGGUUGGAUGAUUCAAACUGCACGUCCCUGGCGAGUUCUAAGAACUGCAGCUGCUCUGGCAAAAGCAUAAUUGCAAAUGCCAAAUUUUGACUUUUAACAAAAAGUAUGUAUGUUUGGCACGAAUAUAUAUAUAUAUAGAGAGAGAGAUGUAUAUAUAGCAUGAAGUUGUUACCUGUUUUAUUUGAUAGUGUGGAUGUGUGUGAUUCCCAUUAAUUGUCCUGUUACUUUAGAACUCUCACCUAUGCUUCAAAAGUAACCAUGUUUUUGAAAUGCAGUAUUUUUCCCCUCUGUCCUCAGAAGUCUCAUACCACAUUUUUUUACUACUUACGGUAUAUGUGUUAGCAAGGGCCACAUUUGCAUGCUGCAACCACUAAGGGCAGGUGUGUGCUGUGCUACAACUUUAAACUGGUUCAAACACCAGGGAAGGGAGCUGGGUUUUUCAUAAGACUACAGUUCCGCAGGUUCCAUAGGGAAAGGUUAUGAAAGUUCAUCCCAGUGCAAGUUUGUUGUCUAGAUAUCUCUCUGUGCUACAUUGAAACUCCUGGCUUCUUCAGCUCAGAGCAAUUGUAGGAAUUUGUGAGUGAUGGAUCCCAGACUCCAGAAGAUUUUGAUCCCUUCUAAAACUUCUAAGAUUUCAUUUGCAAAAUGAUGGCAACUAAGCUUGUUUUAAACUGGGUGAGAUCUGUUGGAAGAAUGAUUAGAUAAAUGAACUGAGUUUUCACAUUUUUAUGAGUGUUGGAUUUCCUGAGAUUCCAAAAAAAAAGAGAAAAGAAACUCACAUGGAGAAUUUUCUGUUUGGGGCUGUAUCUUUGCUGAAUAUCUGGGGAACCUGGCCCAUACUCCAAUGGAAACAGGAUUUUUAUCAGGGCCUUGCUUUCUGUGUCAGUGGCUGAACCAAGUCAAGCACUUGUGACUUGUAGUAUUGAAUUAGACAUACUCCUUAGCACCUGCCUACCUCACCAGGGGUCUAUGGAGCACCUGCUGAAGCAGAUAAGCUGCCACCAUUUUGAAUUGUGCCAUGCAGCAUACUAAGAAAUUUAAAAGCCCAAGAUCCUAGUGGUUAAAAUCUUGCACAUGUGGCUUGCCUUUAUUCUAGACUGACUUCAUUCAGUGUGUGGCAAUAUAGUGGUACUAUGUAACCUUUCCAUAUGCUUAUGCCUGCCACUUCUGACCUGAAGAAGGUUGGGUUUUUUCCCCAAAAAGGUAUAAUGGGGAUGAGGCCAAAACUAUAAACAUCUGUGUUAAAUUUACCAGUGGAGUCUUCCAGCAACAACAAAAAAUUAUAUAUAUAUUUCUUAGGUAGUAGCUGGGGCACGGGUUUAGUCCCAAACAUCUUGUGUUUUGGAUCUGUAGUACAGAUACAAUCCAAAACAGCAUCUGUCUAGCAAAUGUGGCUUGUAUUCUGCUCGUAUUGCAACGUUUCCCUUUCCUGGUUCAGUAAAGUUUUCCGGAUUAUCUGAAAUGUGGUGCCUAAUCCUGAGGCAAACCAUACAUGUCAAAAGAGACCAAUUAUAAUCUUCAUGUCACCCAUUGAUCAUUCUUGCAGACUAUGUACAAAUGAGGUAUCCUUUUAAUUGAAGGUACUCUUGUAUCAACAGGCCGCCUUUUAAAAGUUACAAUAAGCAAGCAAUUAGUUUUGAAAGAGUGCUAGCGACCUGUUAUGUCGCCUAAGUACAGUAUUUAUGGGAGCAGUCAACAUCCCCAAGAAUCCUGACCUUCAGGGCUCCCACCCCUCUUUUCUCUGUUGGCACAAGUGCCAGUUUACUUUGAAAAACAUUGUAUUCAUUACCCACCUGGCAGUAAUGCUUUGAGGUACCUGAGGAAUGGACUUGUCCUCUUUUUAAUCACCCCACCCCCAACAGCUCAAGUGCAUUGGGAUGAAUUUUGGUAUGGGCUGAAAGCAUUAUCUGUAGUUUUAAAAACCGCAUCCUUGGAGGGAGCACAAAAGAAACAGUGGGUAUAGAUUGCUAAGGAUAUACUGGCCAUCGGGAAUCUUGGUGUGGAUGCUGGCAUGACUUCUGUGGAUCGUGUUCCAAGUCUGUAGUUUGUCGAAGUUAGCUUCUCAUCCAGCAAAGAGCUGUGCUCUUAGCUAGGGAAACCACCUAGAGACACUAAAAAUGUGUAUUUGUUUGUGUUGGAUUAAAUAAUUCAAUUCAA